AAAGAUGGCGAUUUGACAACAAGCCUCCGUUCGAUCGAGACAACUAUUGUUAUCAGUAUCAAUUCGCUUGGAAUCACAUAGAAGCUCCUGUAUCUGAUCGAAAUUGAUUGCCUGUCAAGAUGGAAUCUGACGCGAGGUUUGCUCACCUUCUUCAACCCAUUAGGGAUCUAGCGAAGAACUGGGAGGUUGACAUUGCAUCACAUCUGGAGGAUUAUGUUGCUGAGAUGGAAGCGAUUGUAAUCAGCUUUGAUGGCGGUUCUACCACGAUGAACUUUGCAGAGGCAGCGCUUCUAAUUCAAGGUUCAGCCUGUAUCUACAGCAAGAAAGUGGAAUAUCUCUAUGCCCUGGUCUACCAAACAUUAGAUCUGCUUGCUAGUAAAAAGAAAAUGCAGCAGGCGUGUUCAGUUGAUGCUGAAGGAAAAGAUACAGAUGCAUCGUUUGCAUUUAAAAAGAAUGAAAUCGAGUUUUUAUCAUUAGAUGAUCUUCCGGUAGCAAAGAACAUUGACCUAAAGGAAGAAAAUGACCGCAAUCACAACUUGACUGGACAUCUUUUAGCUCAAACACCCCUAUCAUUGCUCAAAGUGGAAGGAGCUGAUCGAGGAAUACCAUUGACAAACCGUAAGGGAGAGACCGUAGGCUACAAGGGAGACUUCCGUAUCAACAGCUCGAUGUUUCACUCAUCCAGAGCGCUCCUCAUCGACCCGUCCCAUCUAUCUCUAUUAGAACAGUCUAUGAUGAGACAUCCUGCCUCAACCCCAGCUAACUUCAUCCUUAAUGCUCCAUUCAGUCCUGUGAAGAAUGAUAACGUCAUACCUGAUAUCCCAGAUGACAUAGCGGAUGACAUUCCUAAGCAUGAUAUGAGUGCUGAUGAUGUUGAGAUGGGUCUGCCCUUCGAUGAUCUGAUCGAUGACGACGAUCAACAACCAAUGCAGGUGGAGGAGAGGAGGGCGUUGAGGGCAAGGGUCGUUGCCCCCAUUAAACCAAUCAAAGAGUUUGUUGACCCCUGGGAACCACUCGAUCCUCAUGACACCAAAGGAGCUGUAUUAAAACCAUUCAAGAAAGGAAAGAGUUUCAAGCUUCCAUCAGCGAUGUCCAAGAAUGCUGGGAAGGGUCGGAAAAGGAAGAAGCAGCCAGUCCAAGAAAAGACAGAACUCUGUCCCCUUGUAGAAUUCAUCAACAGAGCUUAUUUCUCCCAUGCAUCGAAGCUUCCAAGCAACCCAUUGAAGCUACCAUACCAUGAAGAGUUUGAAUACCUCUACUACACUGAAUAUAAAAAACAACUGGACACGAGUAGGAGAGAGAAAAGAAGGCUGGCUCAACAAGGAAAGUUUGAAGAGCUUGCUAAGAGAGAGCAGGAAGAAGCAGAAGAGGAUGAUGAUUACCAUGGCAACGAUGUAGUCAACGAUGAUGGAGGAGACAACUUUGGUUUCGAUGGACCUGAGGAUGUUUUUGAAGAGGACGUUGAUCAAGAAGAUAGGUUACAGCAACCCCUGGACAACGACCAGUUAGCGAGCAGUCAGGAUGCGAUGAUAACCAGCUAUGAGGAGCUCGUCAGAAAGCAUGUGGAAGCCUACCUCGCCAGUGCCUCGGAGUAUGCCCAGAUGACAGAAUUAUCAAAGAGAGUACAACAAUGGGAAGAUAGGAUAACGCCCGUCUUGGCAAGAGAAGAAAAGUUUGCGUACUUUGACAUCAACGAAUAUGGCAAGUUUGUCCUGGAGAGAUUAGACAAUGUCCAGAAGGCAUCGCAGAAGAAAGAAAAGGUCAUGACCUUUGCGGAGGUCAUGGAAGAUCGUCAGAUUCACGAAGUCAGCCGAUACUUCCUCGCAACGCUUCAGUUGGCCAAUAACUACAACGUUGAAGUGUCAAGUAAAGGUCCCGGCCAGGAAGGCAUGGAUACGAUGGCCCUCAAACUGCUGAAUAUGAAGCAACAUCACGAGAACAUGGCCGAGUAUAGGGCGCCCUCUGUAGACGACAACAAGCAUUGAUCAUUGAAUGAACAUCAAAAGGGGAUAGUACUACCAAAUUUGUCUAUAUUGGUUUAUCUGUGUGAAAAGCGUUCAUCUAGGCCCCGUCUUACAAAGAGUUAUGUUUAAUCCAAUCAACCACAACUAUGGAAAGCCAGCAAUGUCAACAU